CAAUUCAUAGCCAAACAAAUUUAAAAAUCUUUAAAAUUUUCAUUUCUUUCUUCAACCGAGUUCAUUUCUUUUUCUCUCUUCAACCAAUCUACAUUUGUUAGAUAAAACCAAGAAAUUUUAAGUUGUAAAAAACUUUAAAAUGGGCUCUUUAGAGGAAGCUCAGAUUCCGCUAUUGAAACAUUUAGUUCAUAAAGUUGAUCAAGAAGAUGAAGUUGAGGAAAAGUUUUCAAGAAAACUUUGGGUUGAAUCACAAAAACUAUGGGAGAUUGUUGGUCCCGCGAUUAUUAGUCGUCUUGCUUCUUUUUCGAUGCUCGUUAUAACUCAAGCUUUCGCUGGUCAUUUAGGCGAUCUUGAACUUGCGGCCAUUUCCAUCGCUAAUAAUGUUAUCGUUGGUUUCGACUUCGGUCUCUUGUUAGGAAUGGCGAGUGCGUUAGAAACAUUAUGUGGACAAGCAUUUGGAGCCAGAAAAUACUACAUGUUAGGAAUCUAUAUGCAGAGAUCAUGGAUUGUUUUAUUCUUAUGUUGCGUUAUUCUUUUACCAAUCUACGUAUUCGCGUCUCCAAUGCUCAAGCUUUUCGGACAGCCGGACGAUGUAGCCGAGCUUUCGGGACUUGUUUCCAUCUAUCUGAUACCUCUGCACUUCAGCUUUGCGUUUAUGUUUCCAUUACAGAGAUUCUUACAGUGUCAGCUUAAGAAUUCAGUCACAGCUUGGAUCUCUUUCGUUGCCCUAGCGGUGCAUGUGUUCGUGAGUUGGCUGUUUGUUUCUCAGCUUCAGAUGGGCGUGAUCGGAACCGCCAUGACUUUGAAUUUUUCGUGGUGGGUUCUUGUUUUCGGACAUCUGGGUUACGUUGUCUGCGGUGGUUGUCCUCUUACGUGGAAUGGUUUCUCCAUGGAAGCUUUUUCUGGUCUCUGGGAUUUCACCAAACUCUCUGCUGCUUCUGGUGUCAUGCUCUGCUUGGAGAAUUGGUAUUAUAGAAUACUGAUAUUGAUGACUGGGAAUUUGACCAAUGCAAAGAUUGCAGUGGAUGCCUUGUCUAUAUGCAUGACCAUUAAUGGAUGGGAAAUGAUGGUUCCUCUUGCAUUCUUUGCUGCUACGGGAGUAAGGGUGGCAAAUGAAUUAGGAGCUGGAAAUGGAAAAAGGGCAAAAUUUGCAACAGGAGUGGCAGUGGGAACAUCAAUAAUAAUAGGAUUUUUCUUCUGGUUAUUGAUCAUGUUAUUUCACGAUAAAAUCGCUUGGAUUUUUACUUCAAGUGAACCGGUUAUUAAAUCGGUUGAUCAACUCUCAAUUCUCUUGGCUUUCACGGUUCUACUCAACAGCAUCCAGCCGGUUCUUUCUGGUGUGGCUGUGGGAUCUGGAUGGCAAAAAUAUAUAGCAUAUAUAAAUUUGGGUUGCUAUUAUUUUAUUGGGGUUCCACUCGGAUUCGUAAUGGGUUGGGUCUUCAAUCUUGGAGUUAUGGGAAUUUGGGCUGGAAUGAUAUUUGGUGGAACAGCAGUUCAAACAUUGAUAUUAGCUCUAAUUACAUAUUAUUGUGAUUGGGAAAAAGAGGCAGAGAAAGCAAGCACGCUUGUGAUGAAAUGGUCAGAAGUGAAGUGAAUAUAAUUAAUUUUAAAACCAUUUUUGAUAUUAAUUUUUUACAUUCAAAAUGUAAAUUCGAUUACUUCUUACAUUAUUUAAAUCACUGCUAUGUAUUACUACGAGAGUUAAAUACUAAUUUAAUUAGUAUACAUAGAGUAUAUAUUGUUUUGUAUCAGCUUUACCAUAUUAAUGAAUAUGUGAUAUUUUUCAAUA